AUGAUCCGACGAAAAAGUAGACUGAAAGAUUCUUCAACUGGGCUGCCCUCACUGCUGAGUUCUCAGCAACUUCUACAGAAAUUCCGAGAAAAAGAUGACGAGAUGAAUGACUUGGAGGUGUCUGGACUAUCGUAUUCGCGUUUCUCGCAAUCCUCGUCAACAUCACAGGAAUACCCGGCUUCGGGAGUCGUCUGGGGCAGAGAUGAGGGAGAAACUGACGAUGUGGUUUCCGCUGGUUCGGAAUUCAAUUCGUCUCCAUUUGCUAAGCGACUCCAAAUGAAAAUACGAGAUUUGGAUAGAACCAAAAAUCUGUCAACUUUCAAAAAACAGACGAAUAGUAUGUUUCUGAUCCUGGAGAGUAAGCAUGAACUGACGUCUCCUUUUCAAUCGUCAUCUUCUCCAUUUAUAGAUACCGCAGGGCUGAGCAAACUACAAGACUUGGAAAACCAUACCCCUACCAAGAUGGACCAGCAUGGUUUGUUGACUAAUCCCAAAACUAGGGAGAAUGCCCCAGGAGGCCUCAGAGUGGCUCUUGCGAAAAAGACAGAGCAACAGGCAUAUGAAUCUUCAUGGAAGACCCCAAAAAGAACAGGUUCUACAACACCUUCAUCUUCUUCAUUUGCUCCUCGUGGAACAAAGUCUGUGUCUGCAUCGUCCACGUCAACUCCAAGAGUCCAAAGAAAUGCUUCAGUGAAGAUCUCUUUGACUCCAGCACAAAAAUUUGAAAAAAAGCCAGGCACUAGGCUGUCCAACGCAUUAGAGAAUUUUGAGUUUGGUCCACUUGUAGGGAAGGGAGCAUUUGCCAAUGUGUACAAGGGAGUAAACCUUCGAACCAACCAGGUGGUCGCUAUCAAGCAAAUCACAUUGGAUUUGAACAAACUGAAUGUACAGGAGUUGAUGGGAGAGAUUGAUUUAUUGAAAAUCUUGAAACAUCCAAAUAUUGUCAAAUAUCACGGGUUCGUGAAGACUUCUCAAUCACUAAAUGUGUUUUUGGAAUUUUGUAGUGGUGGAAGUUUGAGACAAUUGUACAAAAGAUUGGGUCAUGGUUUACCGGAGCAAACAAUUAUUCAAUAUGUUCGAGCCAUUCUAAACGGGUUAGCGUAUCUUCAUGAUCAAGGGGUGGUACAUCGAGAUGUUAAGGCUGCGAAUGUUCUCAUUACAGAAAGUCAAGAUAUUAAAUUGGCUGAUUUUGGGGUUGCUGCACAAAUUAAUAAGGCCACUCAAUAUGAAUCUGUUGUGGGUACCCCUAAUUGGAUGGCACCAGAAACGGUUCUAGGCGGAGAAGGGAUUUGUACAGCUUCCGACAUUUGGUCAUUGGGGGCCACUAUUAUUGAGCUAUUCACUACCCAUCCACCAUACCACGAGCUUAAUGCGAUGGCAACUUUACAUGCCAUUGGUACUGAUGACCAUCCUCCGUUACCGAAAUCUGUUUCUCAAUUAGCACAAAGUUUUCUACUCGAAUGUUUCCAAAAGCAACCAGGCCUAAGAAAGAGUGCUCGGCUCUUACUAAAACACAAGUGGUUGGAUAAAGAAAGGUCAGUAACGACGUCGUCGCAUAAACAUUUACUAAACACAUCUACUGAACCAUUACAUAAAUCUAUGAACAGUUAUUCAGAGGUUACUGAUGAAAAUGCCAAUAAUUGGGAAAAGGAGUUCCCGAUAAAUCAUGCAGAUUUCAAUAAGAAGAUUCUAGAAAUGUCUAGUAAAGCACCACCUUCGCCCAUCCAACCACCAGCAUUGAUUUCUAAAAGUGAACUAUUGAGUAAAUUCUCUGAUAAUUGGGAUGAGGAAUUUGAUGUGGAGCUUGGUAAUGACAAGGUAUUUUCCAAUAAACCAAAUGAAAAUGUGCCUUACGAAAACUUACAGCUUCAGGUGGAAGAUGAUGACGUGGAAGACCCAUUUUUAGAUCUUGAUGUUGACUCAUUUGAUACAAAUGAACUUGAAAAUCAGAGCAAGAUGGACCUUCUACUUCAAAAAUUCACUAAGCGAGUGGAGAUUUGCUCCGGUACUGAAAAUGAGGAGAUAUACGCACAAUUGACUAGGAUCACCGGUAAAAUGUUACACUUGGUGAAAAAAUACCCAGUUCUGCACGAUGUACUUGUUCGUGAACAUGGGAUUCUCACAAUAAUGGAACUAUUGGAGAAUGCCACUGAGCUCCCACAACAUCAAAAACUUUGGCUCCAUUGUUUAUCAAUUCUCAUCUAUGUAUUUGAGUCCAAUACUGCCCAAUUUGAGAAUUUCUGCUUACUUGGUGGUAUACCUAUGAUCACGUAUUUCAAGAGUACUACGUUCAACAUGAGUAUUAAAUUGCAAGUGGUCCGAUUCAUCAAAUGUUUCAGCAAAUCUGACCGAGCCCUUUCAAUGUUUAUCUCAUCUGGUGGUCUUAGAAUACUUUCAAAAUUUGUAGAAGAAGAUUAUGAUACAUCACCUGAAUUCCCAUUGGUAGCCAUUGAAACUAUCCAUACAAUGCUAUCUAAGGACGAUCUUGCCCGGUCAAAGAGUGAUUUAUGCCGUAUUCUAUCCAAAUACGGGGUUGUUUUCUGGUUUGCAGUUGUUCUUAACCGUUUAACAAAGGACCAAGAUGCAAUUCGUAAUGUCCAUAUUGGGUACAUUAUCAAUAUAUUUCGAUACUUUGCCCAGUCUGAAGCGCGUGCAAGAGCUAAUAUUGCUAGUACUGAUCUUUUUAAAUUACUUAUUAGAAAUUAUGGAAGACUUCUGUUUGAAUAUCAACUUACAUUACUUCGAUUCUUCAAAUCCAUGUCUUGCGUUCUGGAAGUGUUAAGACUGUUACAUAGUGCAGAAAUCUUAGAGUUCCUUGUCGGCUUACUUGCUCAACAUACACCUUCAACUACUCACUAUAAGGAAGUGAUUAACAUUGUGUGUCCAGUACUAUAUAACUGUUGUUAUUUGAAUCAUUCUCGUGAAGUUGAAUUAGUGAAAUUGGGUGCUGUUCCUUAUUUGAAAUCUCUUUCAAAGAUCAAUCUUCCAUUCCGACAAUUUGUUCUUCCUAUAUUGUGUGAGUUUGUAUAUUGUGAUACGUAUGUUCGUGAAGUCCUCCAUCGUCACAACAUAUUCAAUACUUAUCUCUCACUUUUGGUCGAUCCAUAUUGGCAAUCUAAUGCCCUUGACUCUAUCUUGAACUGGAAUCAACAACACGACUCUCAACGCAUACAUUUGGACCAACCAGGUACUGUGGACUGUUUUAUAGCAGGGUUCCUUUUGCCUAAAGUCUCCAACUUGGAAUCAACCCUUGAUAACUAUUUGAAACUUAUCUCCGGAAGUAGACAUGUUCGUGAGUCGAUGUUCCGUGAAUCUAUUAUUGAAAAUAUUGUCUUCAAAAUGGGGGUUUUCAGUAAAAAUUCUGUGAUUCUGCUUACUUUACUUCGUAUAUUGAAAGUAUUAAUUAAAUCUGGUUCUACUAAGAAAUCUGAAGUUUACAAUUCAAUUUGUUCAAGUGAUCUCGUUGAUAACUUGAAAAGUCUCCAAGCACGGGCUGGCUCUGUGUUGGUGGAUGAACUAGCAAAUGAUAUUAUCGAAAUUAUAGAGGGUAACUCCAAAUAG